AUGGCCACCACAAAGUGUCUCGUCACAGGAGGUAACGGUUUCCUCGGCCGUUGGAUUGUCCCUGAGCUGAUCAAGCGUACCGAUUAUGCCAUCACCAUCCUCGACAUCGUCAUCCCUCCCAACGCGAAACCCACCGACCGUAUCUCCUACGUCGCCGGAGACAUCACCGACGCGGAGGCUGUGCGCAAUGCCCUCAAGGGCCACGAUAUCUGCAUGCACGUCGCCUCACCUCCUCACCACUUCCCUGCCGAGAAGUUCAAGACGAUCAACAUCCAGGGCACCCAGAAUGUCAUUGACGCCUGUCUGAGUGAGAAGGUCGGCCGUCUGAUCUACACCUCCUCUGCCUCUGUUCUUCAGGAUGGCUCCCCUCUCGUGAACGCUGACGAGACCUUCCCGAUCCCCAAGACCUUUAUCGAGACCUACUCCGAGACCAAGGCCAUUGCAGAGGCCAUGGUCCUCAAGGCCAAUUGCGAUCAAUUGCUCACCUGCUCCUUGCGUCCCAGCGGUAUCUUUGGGCCUGGGGAUACUCAGGGAACACCAGGAUUCAUGGAUGUGAUGAAGAAGGGACAGCAUGUUCUCCAGAUCGGAGACAACUCUGGACUCUUUGACUGGACCUAUGUAGAGAACGUGGCAUACUCGCAUGUACUUGCCGCACAAAAGCUCCUUCCAGGCUCUGGAGUUGCUGGUCAGGCAUUCUUUAUUACCAACGGAACACCGACCCCAUUCUGGAACCACCCUCGUGCAUUGAUGGCGGAGAAGAAGGUCGUCGCCCCUUACCUGAUCAUUAUCAACUAUCACAUCGCACUCAUCAUCGGCUUCCUCUCCGAGAUGGCCACGCUGCUCAAGGUGAUGAUGGGCAAGGAAGCAAAGGAGGGCUUCACCCGCGUCCGUGUUCGUUACAUUUCCUACAACCGCUACUUCAACAUUACCAAGGCCAGGACCCUGUUGGGAUACGAGCCAGUGGUUGGAUACAAGGACGGCAUCAAGAGGACAAUGGCCCACUUUAUUGAACAGGAAGAAUUGCAGACGAAGAAGACCCAGGAAAAAUAG